AUGGCGGGGCCGCGGGGCGCGCUGCUGGCCUGGUGCCGCCGCCAGUGCGAGGGCUACCGCGGCGUGGACAUCCGCGACCUUAGCAGCUCCUUCCGGGACGGCCUGGCCUUCUGCGCCAUCCUGCACCGGCACCGGCCCGACCUGCUAGAUUUUGAUUCACUUUCCAAGGACAAUGUCUUCGAGAAUAACCGUUUGGCCUUUGAAGUGGCCGAGAAGGAGCUGGGCAUCCCUGCCCUCCUGGAUCCCAAUGACAUGGUCUCCAUGAGUGUCCCCGAUUGCCUCAGCAUCAUGACCUACGUGUCUCAGUAUUACAACCACUUUGCCGGCUCCGGCCCAGCCGGUGUCUCAUCACCCAGAAAGGGCCUGGCACUGUCUUCCCCACCAUCCGAAGCAUCUACUCCCGUGGACCCGGGAGACAGGGCUCAGGGUGAGGAGUGCUCCCCGGGCAGCCUGUCGAAGCAGGGCUCCCACCGGACCCCCAGCAGCACGUGUGCCGCCUGCCAGCAGCAUGUGCACCUGGUGCAGCGUUACCUGGCUGACGGCAAGCUGUACCACCGACACUGCUUCCGGUGUCGGCGGUGUUCCAGCACCCUGCUCCCCGGAGCUUACAGGAAUGGGCCAGAGGAGGGCACCUUCGUAUGUGCAGAGCACUGUGCCAGACUGGGCGCCAGUGGGCGGUCAGGGGCCCGGCCUGGAACUCCACCACAGCCAAAGCCGCAGCAACCUACAGAAGAAGCCAAGGAGGUGGAGGGGGGCAGCCCCAGCCUGAAGGCGACUGCAGGGGCCGAGGCGGACGUGCCCAAGGCCAGCCCCGAGGGCCGACCCCAGGUCCCCGCCAAGCCCCGGGUUCCCGGAAGACCACAGGAGCUGGCCAGCUCCCCGGCCAGCCGCCCCACACCCGCCCCCAGGAAGGCCUCCGAGAGCACAGCCCCGACACCCCCCACGCCCCGGCCCCGGUCCAGUCUGCAGCAGGAGAACUUGGAGCAGGGAGGCGGCAGCGUCCUGGUGAACGGGAAGCUGCAAGAACCCCCCGUCCCCAAGCCCAGAGGGACCCCCAAGCUGUCAGAGAGGACACCAGCCCCCAGGAAAGACCCGCCGUGGAUCACACUGGUGCAGGCAGAGCCAAAGAAGAAGCCAGCCCCCCUGCCCCCGAGCAGUAGCCCCGGGCCGCCGCCAGGCCAGGAAGGCAGGCAGGUGGAGAACGGGGGUGUGAACGAAGCGGCCCCACAGGGCCUGGAGCCCAAACCGUACAACCCGUUUGAGGAGGAGGAGGAGGCCCCAGCUGUACCCAGCCCGGCCCCCGGCCCUGCCCCGACCCCACCGGAGUCCACACCCAAGUCGCUGCACCCCUGGUACGGCAUCACCCCCACGAGCAGCCCCAAGACGAAGAAGCGCCCCGCCCCCCGAGCACCCAGCACGUCCCCCCUCGCGCUCCACGCCUCCCGCCUGUCCCGCUCGGAGCCGCCCUCGGCUACCCCGUCACCAGCCCUCAGCGUGGAGAGCCUGUCGUCCGAGAGCUCCAGCCAGCCCCCCAGUGGGGAGCUCCUGGAACCACCUGUAGUGCCCAAGAGCUCCUCAGAGCCUGCCGUCCACGCCCCUGGCACCCCUGGGACCUCUGCCAGCCUCUCUGCCAACUCCUCCCUGUCCUCCUCCGGGGAGCUGGUGGAGCCCAGCAUGGACCAGACGCCUCAAGCCAGCCCUGGGCUUGCCCCCAAUACCAGGGGCAGCCUGGGUCCCCUGCCAGCCAAGCCCUGCAGUGGCACUGCCCCCAUGCCCCUCGUACUGGGUGGAGACAAGAGCCCUGCGCCUUCGCCUGGAACCUCGUCCCCGCAGCUCCAGGUGAAGUCCUCCUGCAAGGAGAAUCCAUUUAACCGGAAGCCAUCACCUACAGCAUCCCCAAGUGUAAAGAAGGCCACCAAGGGCUCGAAGCCAGCGAGACCGCCUGCCCCAGGACAUGGCUUCCCGCUCAUCAAACGCAAGGUCCAGUCUGACCAGUACAUCCCCGAGGAGGAUAUCCACGGAGAAAUAGACACCAUUGAGCGCCAGCUGGAUGCCCUGGAACACCGUGGGGUCCUGCUGGAGGAGAAGCUGCGUGGUGGAGUGAAUGAAGGCCGUGAGGAUGACAUGCUAGUCGACUGGUUCAAGCUCAUCCACGAGAAGCAUCUGUUGGUUCGGCGGGAGUCUGAGCUCAUCUAUGUCUUCAAGCAGCAGAACCUGGAGCAGCGGCAGGCCGACGUGGAGUACGAGCUCCGGUGCCUUCUCAACAAGCCAGAAAAGGACUGGACAGAGGAGGACCGGGGCCGAGAGAAGGUGCUGAUGCAAGAGCUCGUGACCCUCAUCGAGCAGCGCAACGCCAUCAUCAACUGCCUGGACGAGGACCGGCAGAGGGAGGAAGAGGAAGAUAAGAUGUUGGAGGCCAUGAUCAAGAAGAAAGAGUUCCAGAAGGAGGCUGAGCCCGAGGGCAAGAAGAAGGGCAAGUUUAAGACCAUGAAGGUGCUGAAGCUGCUAGGAAACAAGCGUGAUACCAAGAGCAAGUGCCCCGGAGACAGGAGCUAA